GAAGGUAGAGGAGAAUGAAAAGGACAAGGUGCAAAGAUAACUAAUGGCGCAAGAGAUGAAUUUAGGUCUAGCAACCUCUCACAACAAUGACUCAUUUAUGGAGGGUUCUUCGUCGAUCCUUUAAUACAUCGUUUUGUGUUUCAAGGAGCUAAAAGCGGGCUUUUCCUUGGAACUUUGCCAGAGGCGGUCAUAACAUUCAUGGAACAUCAUGGACCAAGGCAAUCACAACUACCUUCAGAUAAUCUUCAAUUUGAAUCGUAUAGGAUUCAACCAAAUUACCGAACGGAUCAUAUUGGAUCUAGAUUAUUUCAGUUUGAUCCAAUUCAAGAGAUCAGCUAAAUUUGUCUACACUUACCUGAAAAACACGAAAUUGGAAUCGAAAGUGUACCACAGAAAACUGAAAUCUGAUUGGAACCAAGAGUUACCCGAGCCUACCAAGUUUCAAACCAAUGACACUGUUCCACUUUAUGCCGAGUUCUUCGCCAAUGAACGGAAAUUUUUGUGCAGUCUAGGUCAUAGGAUUUGUAAAUAUGACAUUGCCACUCAAUCCGAAGAACUUAUCUUCACUGGCCACAAAUCAAUCGUGACUUGUUUAGAAGUCAUCAAUGACGAAUACCUGAUAUCCGGGGGAUAUGAUGGCACACUUAUUGUGUGGGACCUGAUUACCACCGAAAUCUUGGAUGAAAAGCAACUCUUCGGGCGUCUAUCCGUAAUCAAGUUCCAAGACGACUUCCUCGUGACCGGACAUUUCAGCAAUCCAAGGACAGGAGAUGUGGGCUGCGUAUCGAUCAGAAAAUUCCAAGGUCCCAAGUCUAUGCCCGUGGUUUUCUCAAUGUUUGACGAGUUGCUUCCUGUGGUCACGCUUGACUUUGUGGUUCGAUCUGGUUUGAUUGCCAUUUUGGAAUGGAAAGGUACCUACGAAGGCGUGGAAUCGGGUAUGGUGUCCGUGUACAAGUUUGCCAGCAAGGAUUAUAUUGGCAGCCUUAGUGAUGAUGUUCGGGGCAACUACACUAUAUGCCGUUUCCAUCGAGAUGACCAACUUGUCACGGGAGAUCAAGAUUCAAUGAUCAAAAUUUGGAGGAUUACUCAAGCAGAUAGAAUCCAAUGCGUCCGUUCCAUCAAAAUUCAAGACAGUAUUGUGAUGGGAAUAUCAGUUCGAAGUGGUCGAAUUCUCUCCAGAAGUAUCAAAGGCAACACUUUGGUUUGUCAAAUUCCCGAAGAAAACGAGACGGAGACGAACGAUUUUCAGCUUUUAUUACACAAAACUCAAACUGUGAUGCUCGGAUUUCUUCAGCCCUUGGUUUUGGGAGACCGUUCUUUCUUGGUUGGGCACGCCACCAACGUUCUUAUGCUAUACGAUGUAUGGAAGUCUAAAAUUGAUGAAAUGUAAACGUGAACUGCCCGGUUACCAACCGAGUUGAAUUUUGUAAUCGAAAUAUUAGUUUUCUCUUCUUA